AUGGAAGCGGUUGCUUCACCCUGCUCUGAAUGGUGUGUCACAUCAAACAAGCAUUGUGCAACUGACUUACUUCAAUUGAAAGCACUGCCUUGCACCGAAGACGGAAGCGAGUUUCUUGAGCCUGGAAAACCCCCACCACUGCGGCAGAGGCUCGAGCAGGGCGAUUGGACUCCGUUCGAUUCCCGGCUUGAUUUCGAGGUAGCGGAUUUCCUGUACAAAAAGAAUCAAAUGUCCCAACGGGACGUGAACACUUUGAUGGAUCUGUGGGCUGCAUCACUGGUUCAGUAUGGAGGCAAGCCGCCAUUCGCAAAUUCUGUGCACCUGCUCGAUACGAUCGAUGCGAUCCCCAUUGGCGACGCCCCAUGGUCGAAGGUUGAACUCGGAUACCGCGGUCUCUUGCCAGAAGGCGAUGUACCGUCGUGGAUGAGUGAGAAGUACACGAUCUGGAUACGGAACACCCGCACCGUUGUGCAUUCGUUGAUCGACUGCGAGGACUACAACGGCGACGAUGAGUUCGAUCUCGUACCGUAUCAAGAGGUGAAUGAUCAGGGAGGUCGCCGACUCACCAAUGUCUUAUCUGGGAAUUGGGCGUGGAGACAGGCGGAUUGCAUCGCCGAAGACCCCACAACACAUGGAUCAAUGUUCGUACCUGUCAUUGUGGGAAGCGACAAGACAACUGUGUCAGUCGCGACGGGCCAGAAUGAAUACUAUCCACUGUACAUCUCCAUUGGCAACGUGUCGAAUGGUGUGAGGCGUGCCCAUCGCAAUGCUGUUCGUGUUGUUGCAUUCCUUGCGAUCGCGAAGUGUGAGAAGAAGCACAAGAAUACAGCCGCAUUCCGCACGUUCAAGCGCCAACUAUACCAUGCCAGUGUAUCUGCCGUUCUCGACCCUCUUCGCCCUGCAAUGAAGACCCCAGAAGUAGUUCGCUGCCCCGAUUCGCACUUCCGCCGUGCGAUCUAUGGUGUCGGGCCAAAUCUGAUGGACUAUCCGGAGCAGGCAUUGGCAGCAUGCAUUGUAGAAGGCUGGUGCCCUGUCUGUCCUGGUCACUGUAACCACCUCGACGACGGCUUCGCACAAGGGCGUCGAAGCCAAGAGCUCAAUGAAGAGCUUGUUCGGAGCUUCGACGCGAAGUCUCUGUGGGAAGAAUACGGGAUUGUCGCCAAUGUAAUCCCAUACACCAACGACUUCCCUCGUGCUGAUAUUCACGAGCUGCUGUCCGGCGACCUCCUGCAUCAAGUGAUCAAGCCUUUCAAAGAUCACGUUGUCGAUUGGACGAUUGAGUACCUCAAAAUCGAGCAUGGAGAGGGACGAGCGGGAGAGAUUCUGGACGAGAUUGAUAGACGCAAACCGAAGCACUCACAUACAUACGCAAUGUCUCGUAUUGUCGUUCAUGACAGAAUUGCCGCGAUGCCACCUUUUGUGGGCCUUCGACACUUCCAUCAAGGACGGAACUUCAAGCAGUGGACUGGUGAUGAUUCCCGUGCACUCAUGAAGGUCAGUCGACUUGGAUUGAUAUGGCUUGCUGCAAUCAAAGGGCUUGUGCCGCGCGAGCUCGUCUGCAUGGCUCAUGAGUACCUCGAGUUCGCCUAUCGAAUCCGGCACCCCAUUCAGACAGACAAAAAACUCGACGAGUGUGAGGCGCACCUCGCCGAGUAUCACCGCCACCGCGAGUUCCUCCGGAAUGCAGGCGUCAGGCCCGACGGAUUCUCAAUCCCGCGUCAACAUGCCCAUGGCCAUACACCUCGCCACACGUGGAACUUCGGUGCGCUGUACGGCCUAUGUACUUCCCUCACCGAGAGCAAGCACAUCAAGGCUGUGAAAGAGCCAUGGCGGCGCUCAAACCGCUAUCAUGCCCUCGGCCAGAUGUUGUUGACCAAUCAGCGACUAGACAAACUUGUUGCGGCACGUGUGGACUUCACCGCACGAGGAAUGCUCGAAGGGACUUGCCUAUCUGAGGCUCUCACCAAUUCCUUGUCUAGAUCACCUCCGGGAACGCCGUCCUCAAACAUCUCACAUCAUGACGAUGUUGACGAGCUCGACUACCCGCUCCAGGGCCCACCACUCAUCCCUGACCCUGAACUGGAACUUGAUAAUGAUGAGGACGAUGAGGGCGUAGUGGAAGGGCCGUGUAUAGAGGCAUUUGUAGCCUUAGCGCGCCAACGAGCCAAGGGUUAUCCCGGAAUUCUAGCGGACUUGGGUGCUCACAUCGAACAACCCGAGCUAACGACAUGCGUUGCACGGUUUCUUGCGAAGCAACUGCACGAGGACCCGGACGACGCAGGCGUCCUUGCAACAUACAGCAUACCAAACUUACGAAUCUCGGUAUUCCCAUCUGCGGUCGCCACAUUCCAUGCUCCCGUGGACCCGUCCGGCACUGGUGGUAUGCGGCGCGAGCGCAUUCGGGCAACGCCGUCCUGGCGGUCGGCAGGGCCGCGCUAUGACUGUGCUUUUGUCGAGCAAGAUUCGGCGCAGGCGGGCUUCCGUGGCUUGGGUGUUGUGCGCGUACGUCUCCUGUUUUCCUUCAAGUUCAACGGCAUUCUAUAUCCCUGUGCCCUUAUUGAAUGGUUCCUGCCUCUCGGCGAGGAGCCUGAUGAGGAGACAGGCAUGUGGAUGGUUGAGCCGGAAUUUGACGUUGACACGCGGCGACCGUGCGAGGUGAUCCACUUAGAUACAGUUUUCCGUGCUGCACAUUUACUACCGAUCUAUGGCGAGGACCCACUACCCUUCGGCUUUCGUCUGCAUGACUCACUUGACGCUUUUCGGGCAUAUCUUGUCAACAAAUUCGUUGACUAUCACGCUCACGAACAUGCAUUCUAG